AUGCAUAACUGUGAGCAACAGGGACAAAUACCAUAUGCAACAAUAUGCAAAGCCAACAAUAGCUAUCAUGGUAAGGAUCGCAUAUAUAUGCUUAUAUCUUCAGAAAUACGUGUUUCCUUCAAAAAUAGGUACUUUUCUCAUGAUCAGCGCAUGUACUCCCUAGACUGCCUAAGUGCCACGAAAAGCAGAAUCAGAUGUUUCCCUCGACCUCUACAGCUGAAAGGAAGCCCAGAUAGCAAGGAACCAAUACAGCUGAAAGGAAGCCCAGAUACCAAGGAACCAAUACUCUCAAUACCUACCAGCAAUAAUAAUAAUAAUAAUAAUAAUAAUAAUGAAAACAAUGUAAACUUCACACACCAACAUAACUCAAAAAACACCACAAAAACCAAAACCUUCAACAACUCAAAAACGCAAAAACCUGUAUAUACACCAGAUCAAUUAAAACCAACCAAAGUACGAUAA